AUGUCUGCUACUCCAGACCAUGGUCUAGAUACUGACGACGAAGACAUGGAAUGGGAGGAAGUCGACAUGCCCGCAGCUGAUGGACUCGCGACCUUAGGUAGUGCGGUGACAGACAGAACAACGAACGACAAUGGCUUCACUGGUACCGCGCAAGGUGGCAGGAGUAUAGAAAUCACGUUGAAACGCGCAAAGGGCAAGGGCAAGGAGGGGCAGAAAGAAGCAGCGAGUCAGAAAGCGAAACAAGCCCAAGCUACCCGUCUCUCCCGCAUAAGGUGUCACAAGAUUCACACCGUCACCCUGCUUGCCAACGCCGCUAUCCGCAAUCAAUGGAUAAACGACCAGCUGCUGCAGGCCCGUCUGCUCUCCAUCCCGCCUUUCCACCUACAGCAGUCGCUCUCUUCCCCGCCGUCCAAGCGCGUCGUGCCCUCAUCCGCGCAGCGGGGCCGCAUGUUCGAGCAAGCUAUCAACAGGCUCGUGGACUGGUGGGCGAAUGAAUGGUUCCAGGUCGAUGACCUAGGCGUGAGGAGGUGGAGUUACGCAGAGGUGCGCAGGGUGUUGGAGCAGUAUCCCCCUUCGUUCGUGCAGGACAGGAAGAAAGGGCAGGAGAAGGGAAAUGGUCAGGUCUCAUCGAUAUCUCGUACAGGUCUUUCUGGGAUUGACCAGCCUGCGAUCGAGCUCCCUGAAGAAGUCAUCGACUUAUUCGCUACGGAACCGCCCCUUGCCUCGGGCCCCAAGUCUCUCGCGAAACACCUCCUCAUGAGGCGCGGGAGCCGAGAUGUAAGUGCACAGCUAUUCACCGGCCUCUGCAGAGCGCUCGGGGUGCCAGCACGGCUGGUGGUCAGUUUGCAGAGUGUCGGGUGGUGGGGGGACAAACCCAAGGCUACGAAGAAGAGAAAAGGUGAUACGAGAGAUGGAAAGGCGAAGGGAAAAGGAGACGCCGAUGGGGAGGCGGACGACGACGAGGAUGAGGAAAUGGAUAUGGAGGAGGUAGAUAUUCCCACAGGUACCACAAAUUCAAACAGCGGGACAUCGACCGCUUCGCGACAUUCGAAGGGCAAAGGGAAGGAGCGGGAGGUUUUUGAUGGGGAGGGGCAGAGACUCGAUGGAGGCUACAUACCUCCCACGACGGGUAACGGGAAGGCGAAAGCUAAGCCCGUGAUCAAGUUGCGCAAAUCGAAAGCCGGAGGCCGCAGACUCAACGAGUCCCCGCCGCCCGAACCUUCCUCGUCGAAGCUGCUCCUCUCCGCAGACCCGGAUCCGUUGACCUCUCCGCCAGUGUUCUGGACUGAGGUCUUCAGUCGGGCCGACGGUGUGUGGAUCCCCGUCGACCCUGUGCGGGGCCUGGUGAACCAGCGGCGGAAGUUCGACCCCGAGUACGCUCCGGGCGGGGACAAGAAGGGGAAGGCCAGGCGGACCGAGGCAAAUCGGAUGGUGUACGUCGUCGGGUUCGAAGAAGACGGGUUCGCGAGGGAUGUCACUCCGCGGUAUGCAACGGAUUUCCUGUCCCGGGUUUCAUUGAUCCAGGGUGCUGCGACGACUUCGAGCACGGCUGCUAGUGGUAGUAGUGCUGCAGACCGUCGUAAAUGGUGGGAGAGAAUUAUGGGCAUGGUUAAGAGACCUUAUGUGUUAAACCGAGAUGAAGUGGAAGAUGAAGGCUUCCGAGAGGUCUUGAGGAGGGAGGGCAUGCCGAGUAGCAUGGCCGGCUUCAAAGGGCACGAAGUUUUCGUCCUUGAACGACAUCUUAAGCAAACGGAGACAAUCUACCCUCUGGAAGAAAUCGGGCGAUUCAGAGGCGAGCCGGUGUACCCGCGGUCAAACGUCGUCCAGCUUAAGACGGCGGAGAACUGGAUGCGCAACGGGAGGGCGGUCAAAGCAGGGGAGCAGCCGCUGAAGACCAUUAAGAUGAGGGCGAGUACCAUCAACAGACGCAGGGAGCUGGAGGUCUUCGGCGGGGGUCGUGCGGAUAACGGGAAAGGGAAAGAGAGGGAGGGGAUUGGGGAGGGAUUAGAGAUUGAUUUGGACGGGGACCUCCCGGGGCAGAGGACGGAGGGAGAUGAGGGGAUUAUGCAGGGACUCUAUGCGGAGUUCCAGACGGAGGUAUACAAACCGCCUCCGGUGGUCAAUGGUAAAAUACCAAAGAACGACUUCGGGAACAUCGAUUUAUAUGUACCUAGCAUGCUACCUGAAGGAGCCGUGCACGUUCCAUUUAAGGGAGCUGCAAAGAUAGCAAGGACUCUUGGAUUCGACUAUGCCGAGGCUGUGACAGGUUUUGAAUUUAGAAAACGGCGUGCAACCCCGAUUAUCACUGGUGUGGUCAUAGCCGCCGAGCACGAAGCUGCACUACUGGAGGCAUAUUGGGAGAUGGAGCGUGAUGCAGAGGAGAAGCGCAAAGCGAAGCGGCACGACCAAGCUCUCAAACGGUGGACACGUCUGAUACAAGGUCUGAAGAUCCGGGAGAGGUUGAAGAAGCAGUACGCCAAUCGCGGGGCUGGUAGCAAUACAGCGACUACGGAAUCAGAUGAGAAGGUCCGCGAAGGCGACAUUGAUAAUGGGGAGGAGCAGGAGAGAGAAGCCUUCGUGGAGCCGGGAGGAUAUCUCACAGCUGUGGAUGAUAUCGUUCAGCCAUUUACGUUACCGAAGUAUCAGCAUCUUGCGGACCUUGUUGCCAAGUCUCGGCCCAAUGGUAGCGGAGCUGUUGAACAAGAUGGCGAUAUUGAAACUGCCGCCAGCGAUGACAUACCUCCGAUGAUAAUGGAGGUUAUCGGUGACGAUGGCGAUGCCAGCGAAGACAUGGAGGAAAUACCUGUCUCUGCUCCUGUUCUUUCGGGCGUGCCGAAAACCAUGCGCGAGCUUGCGGAGGAAUCGGCACGGAAGACGAGCGUUUCACUAGAGCCCGAUGCAAGCAUGGCAGAGAAGCUACCAACUACGGUGCCUUCCCCGGCUCCCGCUCCAGUAAACAGUGCAGAACAACGGGCCACUCGGUCUUCCCGUGGUAACAGUACGAGAAACACACCAUCAACUACUACUGAAAGAAAGAGUGGCGUCGGUCGUCGAAACAACCGAAGAAAGCGUGCCCGCGGGGAACUCUCCGAUUCUGAUCUGGGGGAAGAUCAGCUCGAAAACGCGCAAAGUGAGGAAUCUUCACCUGUCAAGAAGGUCAGGGGUAGGCCGAACACCGCCAGUCCAGUCAAAUCUGACAGGGUAUUGAGAGUACGGAAAUCCAAGACGGCUGCAGAGGUGGAAGAGGAGCGGGACAGGGAGUUGGCGUAUAGACGAGCCGUGGCGGAGUAA